AGUUAACCACAGCCUUCAGCAUGCUCUGCUCCAGCGACAGCAGCGGCUUCUUGGUGGUAUCUCGGCCAUGACAUACAUUUGACAUGCCCUCCUGUAACCCGCUGGUAGACGGUUUCUCUUGACCUGCAGCAUGGACCAAAGGGAAAUUCUGCACAAGUUCCUGGAGGAGGCCCAAAACAAGAAAACUAACAAAGAGGAGUUUGCCGAUGAAUUUCUGAAGCUGAAAAGACAAUCCACCAAGUACAAGGCAGACAAAACCUAUCCCACAACUGUGGCUGAGAUGCCCACGAAUAUCAAGAAAAACAGAUAUAAGGAUAUUUUGCCCUAUGAUCAUAGCCGAGUAGAGCUGUCCCUGAUAACCUCGGAUGAAGAUUCCAAUUACAUCAAUGCCAACUUCAUUAAGGGAGUUUAUGGACCCAAGGGUUACAUUGCCACCCAGGGACCCUUGUCUACAACUCUCCUGGACUUCUGGAGGAUGAUCUGGGAAUACAGUGUCCUGAUCAUUGUUAUGGCAUGCAUGGAGUUUGAGAUGGGGAAGAAAAAGUGUGAGCGUUACUGGACUGAGCCAGGAGAGCUACCACGGCAAGUUGGCCCUUUCUCCAUAUCCUGUGAAGCUGAAAAUAGAAAAUCUGAUUACAUAAUCAGGACUCUAAAAGCCAAGUUCAAUAGUGAAACUCGAACUAUCUACCAGUUUCAUUACAAGAAUUGGCCAGACCAUGAUGUGCCUUCAUCCAUAGACCCUAUUCUUGAGCUCAUCUGGGAUGUGCGUUCUUACCAAGAGGACGACAGUGUUCCCAUAUGCAUUCACUGCAGUGCCGGCUGUGGAAGGACUGGUGUUAUCUGUGCUAUUGAUUAUACCUGGAUGUUGCUAAAAGAUGGGAUACUUCCUGAGAACUUCAGUGUUUUUAGUUUGAUCCAGGAAAUGCGAACACAAAGGCCUUCAUUUGUUCAAACUCAGGAACAGUAUGAACUGGUCUACAAGGCUGUAUUAGAACUUUUUAAGAGACAGAUGGAUGUUAUUAGGGAUCAACACUCGGGAACAGAGAUUCAAGCACAAUAUUCAGUUCUUGAGCAAAAUCCCACUCCAGAAAGAGAGUCUGAUUAUCCUAAUUUACCAGAAAGUGGCAUAAGAGAAGCAAAUAUGAUGAAGCAACAGAGCAAACCAAGGCUAAGGGUGAAAAGUGCAGAAGCUUCUUCCUUUGACCUCAGGACUUCUUUCAUAAGUGAAAAGAAAGGGUUGGUUUUGCACCCUACUGAACAGAGCAGUGCUUUUGACUUUUUGGAGCUAAACUGUAGUUGUAACAAAAAUGCUGACACAACCACGAAUUGGGAGGAAAAGGCGUUUGCAAUAGCUGGGGAGCCUCUUCAGAAGCAUCAGAGUUUAGACUGGAGUGCCAUUUUGUUUGGAGCGUGUCCAAAUUCUAAAUCUGCUGAUGUAGCAGGAAGGUAUUUUAAUUCAAAGGAGCCAAUAAUGCGGACCAAAUCAACUCCCUUUGAGCUGAUACAACAGAGAGACACCAAAGAGCUGGACAUCAAGGAAAAUGUUUCUUGUUUGGAACCUCAGCCCCACAACUCUCGUCUUAAGCAGGCUCAAAGAGCGAGGCAUGUUUCUUCAGCAGAACUCAAUGAUUCACGGCCAUCUGGCUCUCAGCCCCAAAUGUGCAAUGCCUCUCAUGCAAAGAGGCAGGACUCUCAUGCUCUUAAUGUAUAUUCUUACACGUCUUUAGAAAAUCCUUAUUUCUUAUCAUUGUCUCCAAGUAGUGCUGGUUCUAAGAUGUCUCUUGAUUUACCUGAGAAGCCAGAUGGAAACAUUUUACCUUGUUCCCCAUUGCCAGCAUCUUCUACAACCCUCUUUUCUUGUUACAAUUCACAUGAUUCUUUAGCAUUGAGUGCUCCAACUGAUUACCCCCAACAGAACCCAGAGACAGCGGUAGUAGCAACUUCUCCAAGGAUAGAUGAUGAAGUCCCCCCUCCACUUCCUGAACGGACACCUGAAUCUUUUAUUGUGCUGGAGGAAGAUGGAGAAUUCCCACUGAAUGUUCCCAAUUCCUUAUCUUCAGCUGUGGAGGCAAAAGUUGGAGCAUCACUAGAAUGGAGUGGAACAUCUGAGUCAAAGACAUCUGAUGACACUGUGAGACUUAGACCAACUAAGAGUGUAAAACUCCGGAGUCCCAAAUCAGAUGUACAUCAAGAUCGUUCUUCUCCCCCCCCACCUCCACUCCCAGAAAGAACCCUGGAGUCCUUCAUUCUUGCUGAUGAAGAUUGUGUGCAGGCUCAGCCUAUAGAGACUUAUUCUACUAGUUGUCCUAAUACCAUGGAAAAUUCAACAUCUUCAAAACAGACAUUGAAGACUCCUGGAAAAGGUUUCACAAGGACUAAGAGCUUGAAAAUUUUGAGAAAUAUGAAAAAGAGUAUCUGUAAUUCUUCCCCAAACAAGCCUGCAGACGCCGUUCAGUCAAAUUGCUCCAGCUCCUUUCUGAAUUUUGGUUUUGCAAAUCGUUUUUCAAAACCCAAGGGACCAAGGAAACCACCACCAACUUGGAAUAUUUAA